AAACAGCCGUAGCCAGUUUGCUAUCUUGCUGGAUUAACUGUGGAGAUUAUAUGGUACUGACCAAAUUUCGAACACUUUAAUGUAGAGCGAGUUUACUAAGUGGAGCUGAAUUGGUAUAACCAUUUAGUGUAAGCAGAUAAUUUUUGAGCAGAAUAAAGGCAUCUUCUAUAUUUCUAUAGCUAGCUAACAAGGCCUACCCUUGUACAGCGUAGCGAGCACCAACAAUGCAGCGCAUCACGGACACCUCGGUGUCGGGGCCGCUUGUCACAGCCAAGACCGAUACUGCGCUCGCCCUAACGAAGCCGCCCGAAGAUGUAACAACCAAUGUAAAGAGAAAGGUCCUCGACGAAGACACUUACAUUGAGAGUUUAGAGAAGAUCAUCCAGAGAGACUUCUUCCCGGAUGUGACCAAACUACGGGCGCAGAAAGACUACCUGGAGGCGGAGGAGAACGGAGAGCUGGAAAGAAUGAGGGAGAUCGCUAUAAAAUACGGAUCAUCUCUGACCAAAUCCACACCACGCUCUUCUGUGCCUUAUGUGACACCAGCUACAUUUGAAACGCCCGAGGGACACCCGGGGUCUCCUACAUCCUCUCAUAGCAAACUGAGGCCAAGACCUGCUGAGGAAGGAAACAAAGGAAUGGAGGAUGAAGAGGAGAAAGAGCUUCCGUCUCUGGAUCGGUUCCUGGCGAAAACCACGAGUGAAGACAAUGCCUCCUUCGAGCAGAUUAUGGAGCUCGCAGAGGACAAGGAGAAACUACGGCAUGCAUGGCUGUAUGAGGCAGAGGCAGAGUUCAAACAGCGUCAUGAGGAUAAUCUGGCGUUGCCAUCCUCAGAACAGCAGGCUAUUGAGUCAGGGAAAGCUGGGGUGGAGACCUGGGAGUACAAAGCAAAGAAUGCCCUCAUGUACUACCCUGAGGGUGUGAAAGAUAAUGAUACCAUCUUCAAGAAGCCACGUGAGGUUCUCCAUAAGAACACGCGCUUUGUGGGCGACCCUUUCAGCAAAGCCCUCAGCAAGACGCAGCUGCAGCAGGCCGCUGCCCUCAAUGCACAGUUCAAACAGGGAAGAGUCGGUCCAGAUGGUAAAGAGCUGACGGCACAUGAUUCGCCCAAAGUCAAUGGUUACGGGUUUGAGGGAACUCCUUCUCCUGCGCCUGGUGUGGCUGAGUCACCUCUGAUGACAUGGGGUGAGAUCGAGAGCACCCCCUUCCGACUGGACGGGUCAGACACUCCCUACAUAGAGAGGAACCAUGGGCCCUCCUUCAAGAUCCCAGAGCCGGGACGCAGAGAAAGGCUGGGCUUGAAAAUGGCCAAUGAGGCUGCAGCCAAAAACCGAGCAAAGAAGCAAGAGGCAUUAAGAAAGGUGACCGAAAACCUGGCUAGCUUGACGCCAAAAGGACUGAACCCUGCCCUAAGCCCUGCCCUGCAGAGACUCGUGAAUCGGACGUCCAGCAAGUACACGGACAAAGCGCUGCGCGCCAGCUACACCCCGUCCCCCGCACACCGGGGCACAGCCUCCAAAACGCCACUCGGGGGCACUGCCACUCCAGGGGGUACCCCCACACCCCGUAAUGUCAGGACCCCUGCACCCCAAGACCCUGCCUCCAUCACUGACAACCUCCUGCAGCUCCCCAAGAGAAGGAAAGCCUCGGAUUUCUUCUGACCCCCAAAAACUAUGGCCCUUUCACCACCACUUUGUGCUCCCUGAGAAAGAGAUCCCCAUACCAGGGAGGAGUGUUCAGUCACAUGCACUGAGCAUUUAUAAGACGUGUAUGUGUGUAUAAAUGCACACGAAUCCAUACACCUAUGUAUAUAACCAUAUGUACAUAUACAGAAUGAAAAAGCAUACAUUUUGACAAUAUUUAUAUGGGCACUUCUAAGCGUUGUUCAAUGAAUGAGGUCUUUGGAUUGCUGUGAACUGAAGAAUAAAGAACGAACAGGCAAAGAAUGAACUCCAUGGACAUAUGGAAAGAUGCUGUCAAGUCCUACUGAAGUGUAGCUCUGUUCAGAAGAUCAUCAUGGAGCAGACACCCCCAGGGGACUAGUACAUCCUUGUGUGUGGGUCUCUGGGGUCCUAGUUGUGAAUGUCAAACUAAUGCUCAUUUCAAGAAUUAAAAUGUUUUGUACAGUACCUUUUCAACUGAUUAUCUGUUUGAACAUGUCAUUAAA